AUGCCCUCACAAGAUCACGAUCUUGCCUCCAUGGCGCCGAAGAAGGUGUACAAGUCCAGUCGGCGUAACCGCGUCCCACUCUCAUGUGAACCCUGCCGUUCUAGAAAACUGAGAUGCAAUCGCGAGAGACCAUGUUCAAACUGUACAGUUCGUGACGAACGAGCAUCUUGCAAGUAUGAGAGUCCCAAAAAUGGAUCAGCAAUGAAUCCUCAACACCAUGCUUCUAAGCAAAGAGGCUCGAUGCAGCAACGGAUUAAUCACUUGGAGGAUCUAGUAAAGAAUCUGAUAGCACAAAAUCAAAAGUUACCGAUAACACCUGAGGGUGUUGAGACCGGACCAUCAUUCAAGGAUUCGAUUUCUGAUGCUUCAGAUUCAACACAUAGUCCAGGUAAAACCGUGAUUGAUGGUGGCCAUUCUGUUUACAAGGGUGCAGAAGAUUGGUAUGAUGUACUGCAGGAGAUUAACAAACUCAAGCAAGUCUGGAGCGAAAGCCAGGAUGCCCAACCUGAAUAUAAUGUGCCUCCCACAUUAUCGAAUAUGGUUGAUGGGUCAAGCUUACUUUUUGGUCAAGUCCAACGAACAGAUAAAAUAGAAUUGUUGACAACAUUACCGCCUAAGCAUCAAGUUGACAAGCUAAUACAUCAUUUCUUUGACCGUGACAACUUCCCCAUUUCAAUAGUUCCUAUUUUACAUGAGCCGACCUUUAUGAGUGAAUAUGCCGAGCACUGGGAAGACCCAACCAAAACAAGUGCCAUAUGGCUCGGACUGCUCUUCUCUAUUUUGAGUAUCAACAUGCUUGCAUACCAGCAGUUUGGCGAACCACCAGAUUACGAAGGAAUGUCAGAAUCACUAUUCCAACUUUACCGACUACGCACGGCGCAGUGCUUAAUCAUCGGCGACAUCGGCAAAUGCCUACCAUACACCAUCGAGGCAUUGCGUCUCAAUGCAACGGCAGAACUCAACCGAAAAGAUGACAAUAGUCGAGGCCUCUGGAUAAUGACCGGAGUCAUUGUCCGUGCAGCAAUAAACAUGGGCUACCACCGCGACCCUUCUCAGUCACCGUCUAUUACCCCUUUGCAAGCAGAAUAUCGACGGAGAGUUUGGAUAUCCGUCAAGGAGAUAGAUGAUAUGGCUUCGUUUGUUGUCGGGUUCCCGCGUGUGACCUCAGGGAAUUUUGAAGAUACGAGAGAGCCGCGGAAUCUGUAUGACUGGGAGCUAUCAGUUGAUCUUACCAUGCUUCCGCCAUCCAGACCCAUGAGCGAAGUAACACCUGUGGCUUAUCUGAUCGCCAAAGCACGAUUGUUCCAAGCUCUGGGACAAAUUACCGAUUUCAACAAUAUACCAACUCAAGGUCCAUAUGAACAGAUACUUGACAUCGACAAUAACUUAAUCAAAGCAUAUCAAGACCUCCCCGCAGAUCUGAGAAUGCACAGCCAGGAGUGGGACUAUACGUUUCAACAUAUCAUGGAACCAUUCUUCUAUAGGUUCUCCCGCGCCAGAAAGGUUUUAACCCUCUCUGCAAUGAUUCUUUUCUUAGAGCUGGAAUGCAGACGCAAGAUGCCAGACACGACGAAUACAGUCUCUCCGGGUAGCGAUGACCUACUGCAAGUACUGAGCACAUCUUGUGCUUAUUGGGAAACGGCUCAGACGGUUUGCGACGACGCCCAAAAGACAUAUAAAAUCUUAUCCGGAAUGUUGUCGAGUUUUCAGACAUCUUUGGCCUCCAGCUCUCCAUCACAGCCAGAGACGCCGCGACCGCCGUUCGAGUUUCCGGGAAUGAGUUCGUCACUCCAGCCUGGCAAUGCCAACUUUUCCGAUGACAAGGAUUGGCUUUCGAUGUCGAAUGAAAUGAAUAUUGAUUGGGCUUCGUGGGAUGUUUUUAUUGAAGGCGCAAUCUUUGAGACUGAAGAUUGA